CCUUCACGUACAAGCUUCGGUAACAGUAAACAAAACACCAACACAACGUGCACGGCGCAGAUCGUGUACGUCCUGGAGAUCCUACAGAUUUGACAGGCAUUAAUUAUUUUCAGCUACAUCUACUCGCAAUGUCGACUCAUCUCUCCAAAACAGACUCCGAGGUGAGUAGCGUCUCUCAAUCUUCACCGGCGAGGACUCCAAGCGGCGGUCGCCCGGUCUACUACGUGCAGAGUCCGUCCAGGGAUUCCCACGAUGGGGAGAAAACCACCAACUCCUUCCACUCCUCUCCGGUGCUCAGCCCCAUGGGUUCGCCUCCCCACUCUCACUCCAACUCUUCCUUAGGCCCACAUUCCUCGCGUGAAUCCUCCUCCACGCGUCUCUCGCGCUCCAACCGAAAGCAUAACGGCUCCCGUAAAGGCAGCCGCAAACCAUGGAAAGAGUUUGACGCUAUUGAAGAAGAGGGACUUCUUGAAGGCGACGGCGCCGACCACGGCUUUCCUCGUCGCUGCUACUUCCCCGCUUUUGUCGCUUGCUUCUUUCUGCUUUUCACUUUGUUCUCCUUGAUCCUCUGGGGUGCUAGUCGGCCACAGAAACCUGUCAUCACCAUGAGGAGUAUUUCGUUUAAUCAAUUCGUGGUUCAAGCCGGAAUUGAUUACUCCGGAGUGGCAACCGACAUGGUGUCCAUGAACUGCACAGUGAAGCUCACAUUUCGCAACACUGCUACAUUCUUCGGGGUCCAUGUAACAUCGACCCCUCUGGAUCUCUCCUACUCUCAACUCACCGUCGCCACCGGAACUAUAAACAAGUUUUACCAGUCAAGAAAGAGCCAGAGAUCAAUAACAGUGACAAUGAAGGGGAGCAACAUUCCUCUGUAUGGUGGAGGAGCCAGCUUGGGCAGUCUGAAUGGGGCACCGACAGUGUCGGUGCCACUGAAACUGGACUUCAUGAGCCGAUCAAGAGCCUACGUGUUGGGAAGACUAGUGAAGCCCAAGUUUUACAAGAGGAUUGAAUGUUACGUAACUAUGGACCCCAGGAAGAUGAAUGUAGCCAUCUCUCUGCAAAAUAAGUGCAAUUACAGUUGAUGAAUUCAGAGCCACAGCUAAGAAACAAGACACCUGAGUAAGGUGCAAUUUCUGGUAGUGACAGAGUUGGGGCCGGGUAGCAAUUCUGUUUUCUAGGCAGCGUGAAAGGGUCAGGAGGAAAUAGCAAAUCUAGAGGACUGGUCGGUGGACUUAAUAUAUGUAUAUUUUUUUUGUAAUUUUGUUUUCCUAUGGGUUUCUUUUUGUUUAAACUUAAUAAUAAAUGGGUUAUAAAUAU